CUGGUACCACUCAUUGAUAGUCGAGGUGGACGACGUGGCGGUAAGGGAAAGGGCAAGAGUAAUCUGCAAUUUGCACAGAUUGCCGAUUUUUCGCUGGUUUCGACGACGUUGUCGGAUAAUCGGGUAGGAUUUAUAUUUUCAGGUUUUUUAGCAAGUGAGUUGAAAUAUUCGAUUUUAAUAGUAUUCAUAGGAUAGAAUGGUCUAAGGCGAACAGAAUGAUAUAAAUUUUGAUGACUUUACGUUAUCCAUAAGCGAUUUAGCCGAGUCGAUAGACUAAACCUCGCUAAAUCACUUAAGGAUAACCUAAAGUCAUCAAAAUUUCUAUCAUUCUGUUCGUCUUAGACCAUUCUAUCCUAUGAAUACUAUUAAAAUCCAAUAUUUCAACUCACUUGCUGAAAACAUGAAAAUGUCAUUUAGGGGGGCUAGAAAAAUGCCAUAUUUUUGCAGAGCGCUCAAAUCAUCACUGGCUCAUAUUUCACUCAAACCUAUCGCCUAGGCUAUAAACUUCUUCCUAAUCUGCAAAGCUAA